GGAGGCAUUUUCAAAAAAGUUCAUUGUUAUGUUGUGUUACCAGAGAUACGAGUGAUGUAUAUAUCUUUAUAAAUAUUUUUUUGCGAAUGAAAAUUUCCAAUUUAGAAGGAUACUAGUAUAUGUUUGCUAGUUGGGUAAAAAUGUUUGUUAAAGAAACGUGUGCAAUUGCAAAAGAUGGAAACAAGUGGGAAUUUUCUAAUUCUGUGGCUAAUUUUAUUAAGAAAGUUCGAGAUGAAGAUCGCCGAGUAAAUGAAUUGAAAAACCAAGAACUAUUAGCUACUGCGGAAAAUCCUCGCAUAAAACGUCAAGAGGAAACAACUGAAAUUUGCCAGGAGUUGAGAGACAUAAAGCGAAAUGAAAUGUUGCAAGAAAGACGACGUAAGCAAUUGCAAUCCAACAGUCAUGAGUUGCGACUGUUACAAGGACAAAUUCGUUCGGCGAAGGUAUCCCAAGAACUUAUUGGCCAAAAGGAACGCCUUGAGAAACUAAAAAAAGAAGAGAUGAGAAAAAAGCGCGAAGAAAAUGAUAAAUGGGCGGAGAAGUGUGAGCAAGAGAGACGAUUGGGUAUAAAAGAGGCGGAAGAACAACGUCAAUAUAGAGUUGAAUUUAUGUCAGGAUUGAAAGGACAAAUUGCUGAACAACACCAGCGUCGCCUGAAAGAAUACGAGGUUAUAUUGAAGGAUCGUGAAGAAAUCCAAAAUCGUUUGCGGCAGAUAAAGAAUGAAGAAAAGGCCGAGAGGGAAGCUGCUCUCCGUUAUCGUGAUAAAUGUAAGGUUGAAAUGGAUGAAUGCAUGCGCAACAAGAUUUUGCAAAAGCAGCUAGAGAAACAAACGAGCAAAGACGAUUUGUCGAAAUUUUUAGCUUACAGCGAUGAGCGUGAAGCAUUGAAAAAACGAAUUGAAGGGGAGAGAAAACGUUUACAAGAAGAAAGGCAGUCUUUAAGUGAACGCAUUGGAGCGCAAAUAGAACGCAUUGAAAAUGAAAGACAACAUCGGGAAGAAGUUUUGCUUUCACUACUUAUCGAAGAACGCAAGGCUAAGGAAGAUGCAAGAUUUCGUCAUAAUUUGGAGAAAACCAACGGAGAACGCUUGAGGCUACGAUCUGAAUUAGAAAAUUAUCGUGACUCAGUCAAGCCAGACACAGAUGCUCAGCGAAAAGAAGAAGAACGCUUAUUACAUGAAGAGCGGAUGCGUGUUCAAAGGAAGAACGAUGAAUUAGUUCGCUUAGCGGAUGAACGACGUCGCAAAGAAAUCAUGGAACACACUAAAAGUUUACGAACUAUUAUUGAUAUCCGAAGACGCGAACGUGUCGAAGAGGCAAUUGAGAAAUUGCGCGAGUCUGAGCGCUUAUUCGGAUUACAAAAAGAUAUGGAUAAAGAAAUUGAAGAGGAACGUUUGCGAUUGCUACGCUCUCAACCGCCGGAACUUUUGCGUUACUUACCAACGGGUGUAAUACGUCCAUCAGAUCGCGAACUUUUAAAUUUACCCGGCAGGAAUGAUUCUUAAAAAAUCUUUGCAGUUUUAUUUUUAUACAUUUAUAUUAGAUAUAUUUUCUACAAGUGCAAGCUCUUUUACGUUUAAAUAUAAUACGGAAGGGUGCGUUUAUUACAAACAUUUGAAAACGAACAAUUGGAUAUUAUACCUUCUAUAUUUCCUACCCUAGCAGAAA